AUGGCUCGCAAUCUUCAAGAAGAACUUAAAAUUUUUCACAAUAUUGACCGCCUAGCGUAUGCUUGUUUAGUGUUCGACUUGCAUUUGUCUCCUAAAAUCGGCUCCGAAAUUGUGGCCUUCUGGAAUUGGCUUGAACGUAUUGGUUACGUUAACUUUGUCAAAAAUUCACUAGACUUGCCUCCUCCAUUAUUUCUUGAAUUAUCACAGGAGUCUGAAGCGUGCCUGGAUUUUUUAACGAGAGAGUCUUUUUCGGUUGAUGAUGAGAAAUUGCUUCCACAAAUUUGUAGUCUUGCUGGGAAGACUCUCUCUUUUGGAGACGUUUAUGCAAACAAAGUGCAUGCAGAAAGACACAUGAAGGUGUUUAAGUGGAAUGUGUGCGAGAGGAUUUUUGAUGACAUAACUCCAGGAACAAGAAGUUCAGGUAAUGGGGUUAAUGGGGCAAUCCCGAAUGGUGAAAUUGUUCGAGUGCAAGAUAAUAAUGGGUCAAAUUAUUUGCCCCAGAUGGUGUUUGAUCAAUUAUGGGAAGAUAAUGGAAAUCAUUCACACUCGGUGGUAAAUGAAAGCCAACCUAGGCAAGAUCAACAAGCUAAUAAUGGCAGUCGCAAUUUUGAUGAUAAAACUCUGUUUGUAACUUUAUCUAAGGGGGCAUUUGGUUAG